CUUUAAUCAUAGGUUUCGAGUUUGAGCAGAUACAUGGAGUCUUUCUUAUAUGGUUGUUCUUUUAACUAGACGUCUCGAGUUUGAACUUGAGAUGUGAGUUGUUCUACUUUUUCCUUCUUUGUGAUAAGAAAAGAACGUGGUUGGAUGGUAAAGUUUGUAUCUUUAAUUAUAGGUCUCGGAUUUGAGCAUGACAUGGAGCCUUUUGAUAGUAAAGGUCCUCCGUUUAUCUAUUGGUCUCGGGUUUGAGCUGAAAUAAAGCCUUUUCAAUUGUAGAGGCCCUUUUUUUGAUUGUAAAGGUACUUCUUUAACCAUAAGUUUUGACUUUGAACUCGAGAUUGAAUAUUUUGAUAAGAAUUAUCCUCCCUUUAACCACGUGUCUCAGAUUAGAGCCCAAGAUAGAGGUUCUUUUUGAUAGUAAAAGUCCUUCCUUUAACCAUUGGUUUGACUCAGGUUCGAGUCCUGGAAUGGAAUCCUUUUGAGAGAAAAGAUCCUUCUUUUAGUCAUAGGUCUCGAGUUUGAAUCCUGAGAUGAAAUCUUUUUGAUAGCAAAGAUCCUUCUUCUAACCAUAGGUCUCUAACCUGAGAUGGAGUCUUUUUGAUAGUAAAGGCCUUUUUAACCAUACGUCUCGUGUUUGAGCCCAAAGAUGGAGUGCGGAUACUGGAUGAUUGUUUUAUUUUGUUUAAAAAAAAUAGAUAUGAAAAUGAUUAUUGUAUUAUUUUCGACAUUUUUAAGAAGAAGAACAGACAUAAUCAAGUUCAUAGAGUUGUAGUUAGAUUGAUUUGUUUAUAGCAAAUGAUUGAUAGGAUGGCUGCUUGGUGCCGGAAAUGCAUAUAUUUGAAGCCUAAAUUGGAGAAACUUUCAGCUGAAUUUGAUACCAAACUCAAAUUCUACUAUGUGGAUGUCAAUAAAGUGCCACAAACUUUAGUGAAGCGCGGAAACGUCUCAAAAAUGCCAACUAUUCAGGUGAGCAGAAGUCUGUGGUUUCUCAGUCCUUUCAAUGUUCGAAAGAUGUUUUAUUUUAGGAAUAACACAUACACAUGCCCUUUAACUUGACCUCAGUUGGCAUCAACGUCCUUCAACUUUGAGUGUGCGCAAAUAGACUUAUAAAUUAUUAAAAGUUGAACAAGUACACACACGCAUCCUGCUUGGCAAUUCACGUGAAACGCCGUGUAGGACGGGUAUGUUUGCGGGCGUAGAUGCUAGCUAAGGCCAAGUUAACCGGCACACUUA